AUGCUGUCUUUUGCCUUGAUGUUUGUAGUGAUAUUCAAGCUACUAGAUUAUCUGAAUGGCACGUCCAACACAAGUGACUUAAGCAAUAGUGUGCCUAUAAACACCACAGCGUCCUACACAAGUGAUUUAAGCAAUAGUGUAUCAGUAAACACCAAAGCGUCCUACACAAGUGACUUAAGCAAUAGCGUAUUAGCAAACACCAAAGGUGAUGAUCAGGAAUCGCAAGACAAUGUGGUAACUGGCCAGUCAGCCCUAUUAGGAGGUCAAGUCAAUCAUGCGAUGCGUCUCUCCCUUCCACGUUCAGAAUGCGACCCUAAUGAAAAUCGCAAAGUUGCAAAAUCAAAACUCCGAACGCCUGAUGUCGUGUCGGACACGAAUCAGUACGCCGAGAGUGCGGCUCUCCACGUGCCCGUCGGCAAGAACGGGAGUCAGAAGAAGGUUCGCCCGACAUUGCUCAGGCCGACACAGCCAGCUAGUCCUGCUAAGGAACAUCUAUACGGGAAUGUGAAAAGGAAGAUCCAGCCACAGCAAAAGAGUGGCAGUGGAGGUGUACCGAAGCCAAUUGGAGUGGAUGGCACAGUGUACGCGAAACUUUCGUUCCAACCUGCUAAACACGACCAUCGUGUAAGGCGGACUGAAGAGCCAUCACCAUACUCAACUGUCGAUUUCAGCCGAAAGGCGCCGCCUUUGGAAGAGGAAGAAGAAGUACUUGUGCAGUACAUUACUUAGUUACGAAAUUGGCCUUUGUGCAUCUUAAUCUCCUGGUGACACAUCAUACACACGAAGUAAUCAUUGAAGAUUUCCUGUACAUGUGUAUCUGGCCCAUUGAAAUAGGCUCGGAUGCAGCUGUACAUCGAGCCUAUAUGCAAUCAAACAAUCAGGAAUGUAAUUCAGAUCUCGAUGCGACAUUUAUUACAAGGGGACAGUUGUAUUUUCUGCAUGAAAUGCUCUAUUUUAGUAACCAGUCUGUGCUCACUUGUUUCAAAUCUGUUUCUGCAUGUAAUUGGAUUUUGUGUGCUUAGAUGUACAGUGCUUAUAGAAUAUGCGCUGAUUAUAUAUUCGGUUAUAUAUCACGGCAAAGCUCAUUUAAAGGGACCACCUGGGCGAGGGGUAACCUGGCCAGAAUAAUACGCCUUCUUGCCAUUAUGCGUCGCCACUUGUAGUAGCAGACUGAUGCUGAUCUCUAAAUAUGAUUUUCGUCUGUGUAGCAAGGCAUUUUUGAACAUGGCUUGUGGAUUUCAGGCAGGCCUUGGCUUACACCCUGUUCUAGUGCAUUGUUUACUGCAGUUCAAUGAAUUUUUAAUCACCUUUGAACAUUCGGUUUUCUUUUUUGUUCAUUUGAGUUUUAUGUACAUAAAUGUAUCACUCAGUGCUUUUACAUAUUUGUUAAUAGGUUACAUGUGCAAACAUGUUGAUGAUGUUAUAAUUAUAUAGUCAUGUAUAUGUAACUAGACACAUGAAGUUUGCACUAGAUUUGGCCGAAGGAAAAGGUUGGUAAAAUGAUGAGUUAGGUUCGGAAAUGACUAUUUGGGACAAUUUUGAGAACAAAAUGGUUUCAAGAUUGAAAUUCCAGGGGUAUUGCCUCCGUAGCCUCCAACGCGCAUUGUCUGGAACCUGAGCAAUGUCAAUACAUUGAGGUUCAAGAUCAAAUUAUAUGCUUGGAAGGAACUUGAGAAUCAGAAUGCAUUGACUUUAUGUGAAAAGACCAUUUUAUGAAUUACGUUUUGCAUUUCAAAUUGAACCGGAUUGUCAAACAUUAUAAGAAAAAACAACUCAGAAAAUUCAGAUACGGCUUUGGUCUCGUUUUGGAGACAAACGCCUGCGCUUCACGUGACGGCAACAACUCUGGCUCGGUGUCUGUUUAAAGCUUAGAAAUCAUUCAAUUUACAUUCAAUAUACAUGAACAAGCAUCAGUCUAUGUAUAUGUACAUGUAUAUCAUAAAUUUCGGUAGUUUUAUGGAUGGUUUCAUGGGCAUGGUUUUAUGAUUUUGGAAUGUUCUAAGGUUAGAACCAACUCUGAGAUACAGGUUUUUGAUACUCCUACUAUACCUCGUAUAUAGAAAUUUGAGAUAUCGAGAGGAGGAGUAGAUUGAACACAACUGGUGCCAGGAUGACGACGUGCCGGUUGUACACUAAUCUAAAAAUCUAAAUCUAAUCUAAAUCUUUCCAGUCUAGUGACUUUUUGUUAAGUUUGUUCAAGAUGUGAAGGCCUCGUUUAUUAAGGGUUUUGUUCAUGUUCGUUAUAAUUGUAUGUAUUUUGUACCUUGUGAUGUUGGUAAUAAUGUAAUGGAUAUUUUUGUGUUACACGAAAAUCAAUCGAUGCAUACGAAAUAGAAAAAAUGCAUCAAUGUAAAAUAUUACCCGGUGAUUGUUUAUUUGUGUGUAUGGAAAAUAUGACAUCUUAGAUAGUUGCAUUAUUUUAUUUUUCGUUUCAUAAGUGUGCCUGUCAGUUGAGUUUUCAUUAAGGGGCAACUUAUUGAUGUUAUUGAGUAGUAUCAUUUUAGAUAUUUUGUUAUACACAUUUUGUAACUUGUUACACGGGUUUUAAAAACUCUGGAAAUUUUUUUAUUUUGUGUCAGUCCGAACGAUUCCAAAGACAGUAUUUGUAAGAUAUUAUCCCUAUCGUUUGUUAGGUCGUGAUUUCAAGAUUUCGAUUUUUGCGGAUCUGUUUCCGAAAUAAAACAUUGGUUGUACAUGUAUUUUAACACUGGUUAACCGCAUGCA